GAAACAGGGAAGCGAAGGGAAUGGGCAUCUUCCCGGCAUAUCACAGAAACCGCACACGUAAUAUUCUUAUAUUCCGUUGGCAUAAUCAAAGCUUCUUCUUCACUUUCAGAGACCCCCUUCACCCAUUCUCUCCUAUAAAUACCCUCCUCUGUAUCUUCAUCCGAAGCCAAGAAUUUGUGGUGCCAAGACGCCGACAAGUGUAGUCGCCGAUUAAUUUGAAAAUUUCUGAUUCUGGUUCGCCGGAGAAUGGCCGGAAUUGUGGUGGUUUUCGACUUCGACAAGACCAUUAUAGACUGCGACAGCGAUAACUGGGUGGUGGACGAGUUGGGUGCCACGGAGCUCUUCAAUGAACUCCUCCCCACCAUGCCUUGGAACUCUCUCAUGGAUAGGAUGAUGAAGGAACUCCAUUCGCAGGGGAGAACCAUUGAUGACAUUGUGGAGGUUCUUAAAGGUGUCCCCAUCCAUCCCCGAAUAGUCCCUGCCAUUCAAGCUGCACAUGCUUUAGGGUGUGAUUUGAAGAUAGUAAGCGAUGCGAAUUUGUUCUUCAUCGAGACGAUCUUAAAUCAUCUCGGGCUGAGGGAUUAUUUCUCAGAGAUCAACACAAAUCCCAGCUUUGUUGAUGAAGAAGGGAGACUCAGGAUCUCGCCUCACCAUGACUUCACCUCCUCUCCUCAUGGCUGCAGCCUCUGCCCUCCGAACAUGUGCAAGGGGGUGGUGAUCGAGAGGAUCCAAGGUUCUUUCUCUGCGGAAGGGAAGAAGAAGGUGAUAUAUCUUGGGGACGGAAGCGGCGAUUACUGCCCGAGCUUGAAGCUGGGUGAAGCAGACUACGUGAUGCCGAGGAAGAACUUCCCUCUCUGGGAUCUGAUUCGCAGAAAUCCGAUGGAGAUAAAGGCGGAGAUCCGGGAGUGGAGCGACGGGGAGGAGCUGGAGCGAGUUCUGCUGGAGCUUAUUAGCACAAUUUCCAUGGGAGAAAGCUGCAAUAACGGCAGCAGUAAUUCAUCAGCACGGUUGAUUCCUGCAGAUUGGAAGUUCAAGGCGAUUUCAAUACCUGCCCACGAAGCCAUACCUCGUGUUCUCCCUGUUCCUCAUUGAUAGCCCAAGGAUUGAUCCACUGCUUGCAACUGCCACAAACAGGGGGGAAAAGAAAACCAAAUCCUUUCUGAUUUUAAUUCUUUAAAAUGAGCGGAUCCUACACAGAAAAAAAGUGUAAACUCACUUAACAAGUGCAUCAAUUAAAAUUUUUACGGCUCUCCUAGCCAUUGAAGCUUCGUACCA